CUGUAAUUCCUUUUGUUUGUUGUUGUUCUUCGUCUUCAUUGAGGGUUUUCAACAAUGGAGUUUGGAGAUGAUAAGAUGCUUUACCUGAGAGACACAUGGAAAGAAUCAAACAUGAUCUGCGACGUCACGCCUCUAAACCCUAGCUCUAAUGGCGUUUGGCCUUCUCCUAACUUCACAGAUCCUAAUAUAAACAUUCAUUUCUGGGACCACGCGUUUCCACACUUACAGUUGAUAUUUCUCGUCAUUUCUUUCCUAUGGCAGUUCUUGCAUUUCUUCCUCCGCCGUCUCGGCAUGAUACGUUUCACGUCCCAUAUGCUUACUGGUGUUCUCUUGAGCAAGUCUUUUAUAAAUGAGAAUACAGCUGCGAGGAGAUUCUUCGCUUCAGAGGAUUACAAAGAGAUUGUGUUUAGUCUUGUUUCUGCUUGCUCUUACAUGAUGUUCUGGUUCUUGAUGGGAGUUAAAAUGGACAUGGGUUUGAUCCGAACCUCGGGGAGGAAAGCUAUAACCAUUGGUCUCUCCUCUGUGUUACUCUCUAUUUUGGUUUGUUCAGUUAUCUUUUUCGGAAACUUGAAAGACGUGGGGAACAAGAGAUCGGAUAAUACGCUUAGUUCUUUGGAAGCCGUAGUGGUUUACUCGAUACAAUGUCUUUCGUCUUUCCCUGUCGUUGGGAACCUUCUCUUUGAGCUAAGGCUACAGAACUCAGAGCUAGGUCGUCUCGCCAUCUCCGCUGCCGUCAUCAGCGACUUCAGCACCUCGGUUCUCUCUUCAUCUCUCAUCUUCAUGAAGGAGCUCAAGGACGAGCAAACACGGCUCGGGAGCAUGUUUAUAGGAGAUGUCAUCGCUGGGAACCGUCCUUUGAUGCGAGCAGCGGUAGCUGUUCUCUUUGUUUGUGUUGCCAUAUAUGUUUUCAGACCGUUGAUGUUCUACAUUAUUAGGAAAACACCUUCUGGUCGGCCAGUCAGGCCAAUCUACCUAGCUAUAAUCAUUGUUAUGGUCUCUGGAUCAGCCAUACUUGCCAACUGGUGCAAACAAUCUAUUUUCAUGGGACCUUUCAUAUUAGGUCUCGCUGUUCCACAUGGCCCUCCUUUAGGCUCAGCGAUCGUUCAGAAGUUUGAGUCAGCAAUAUUCGGCACUUUUCUUCCGUUUUUCGUUGCCUCAUCUUCAAGUGAGAUAGACAUUUGGGCUUUGCUUAAUUGGAAUGCACUCAAUGGCAUUAUAUACAUCAUGGUAACUUCUUUCGUCGUCAAGUUUAUUUUGACCACUCUUCCUGCUUUGUUCUACGGUAUGCCAAUGGAAGACUGCUUCGCCAUCUCUCUUAUCAUGUCCUUCAAAGGCAUCUUCGAGCUCGGUGCCUACGCCUUGGCCUUCCAAAGAGGGUCUGUCCGUCCUGAGACCUUCACCGUUGCAUGUCUUUACAUAACGUUGAACUCCGCAAUCGUACCUCCGAUUCUGAGGUACUUAUACGACCCAUCGAGGAUGUACGCAGGGUACGAGAAGCGGAACGUGCAGCACCUGAAACCGAACUCCGAGCUGAGGAUCUUGUCGUGCAUCUACAGAACAGAUGACAUAAGCCCAAUGAUCAACCUCCUCGAAGCCAUUUGCCCGUCCCGGGAAGCUCCUGUAGCAGCCUACGUUCUCCACUUGUUAGAGCUCGUGGGGCAAGCCAACCCCAUCUUCAUUUCCCACAAGUUACAGACUUGCAAAACAGAAGAGACGUCUUUCUCAAACAACGUGGUUCUCUCCUUUGAAAAAUUCCACAAAGAUUUAUUCGGUUCGGUCUUCGUAAGCACUUUCACGGCCGUGUCUAUGCCCGAUACGAUGCAUGGAGACGUAUGCAUGCUUGCAUUAAACAACACUACUUCUCUCAUCCUCCUUCCUUUUCACCAGACUUGGUCUGCUGACGGAUCAGCUCUCAUCUCGGACAGCAACAUGAUCAGGAACCUUAACCAGAGCGUUCUUCAAGUAGCGCCAUGCUCUGUCGGAAUCUUUGUCUAUAGAAGCAGCCACGGUCGGAGAAACAUCAAUGACACGGUUUUAAACAUGUCAUCCUACAAAGUAUGUAUGAUCUUCAUUGGUGGUAGAGACGAUAGAGAAGCCGUGACACUUGCCACAAGAAUGUCACGUGACCCGAGGAUUAACCUGACCGUGGUCCGAAUGACUACUGUCGAUGACAAAGAGAAAGAAAUCUCGGAGUGGGAUAAAAUGCUUGACGAUGAACAUCUUAGAGAGAUGAAGAGCAACGCAUCAGUAGAUGUCUUUUAUACUGAAAAGGCGAUCUUAGACGCGACUGAGACACCGGGUGUGAUGAAAUCGUUGGCGAGUGAGUUCGAUAUGAUAGUAGUGGGAAGAGGGAAAGGGAGGAAGAGUGUGUACACGGAUGGGCUUGAGGAGUGGAGUGAGUUUAAGGAGCUUGGUGUUAUUGGUGAUCUACUGACUUCACAUGAUAUCAAUUCUCAGGCUUCUGUUUUGGUUAUACAACAACAACAGCUUAUGAUUUAGGUCCAUGUUCCUUGUUACUUACGCAAUUCAUUUGUAGUCUUACCAAUUUUCUUUUCACUAUAGUCAUUCGAAAGUUAAUUGUAAUUAUGAUAUUCUUUUGUAAAUUUCACUUAAUCCAUUCAAAUUUUAUUUUCUGGAAAACUCAGUUUCUCGUUAAGAUAAAGCUUUGUUCAUCAGAAGAUUGGUGUAUGUCAUGUAUCAUCAACAUAAUGUGGAUUCACCCAUGAUGUGAAGACCACUUCUCUGUUUGGUGAGAUCAUUGACAUGUGACACUCACGUUGUUGAGCUACAAAAACAUAAACUCUAGUUCUUAGAUCUUUCGAUGCAAGCCGCUCCGGUCUAACAUUUUCAAUUUUUUUUGUCUUAUUAUGUUCACUUAAAACUUUGUGUCUUUUUAUUCAUGUGAAAUUGUAUAGUGUUAUAUAUACAAGUAAAAUUAUCAUUUAAAAUCAUUUAUAUAUACAAGUAAAAAAAAUUAUGUCUUAUUAUAUGCAUGCUAGCAAACCGGAUGCCUCCUAAUUCCUGAAGCUCCAUCCACUCAGCUAAUCCAGAGAAACCCAGUGAAUCAUCAUCGAUCGUGAUCUUUAUUGUGGUGACCACCGUUGAGAAUCUUCUCCCAGUAGGUGAAAACUUUCGGCCAUGGAAUAUGUUUCCUCCAAAUCAUUCAAGACUCUGUCACCAUUAAGCCAGGGGCAAUUAUCAAUAAUAGCACCUUUUGAAGUUUAUGUCUCAAAAAUAGCACAAGAAGGAGAAAGUCACAAAAAUGACAUUCAUUAAAGAGUAAAAUAUCCCUAAUACCCUUGGUUUAAAAUUAAAUAAAUAAACAAAAAUAAAUAAAAAUAAAUAAAAUAAAAAUAAAAAAAAUAAAAAAAUAAAUUUUUUU